GAACUUUCGCUGGCUGGCGGUGGCCCAGUUGUUAUGUUUACGUGAAAACGUGCGUUUGAGCGACCACAUCCUCGCCGUUCAGCCGGACGCGGAUGCAGUUCAGCCAGUUGUGAGUCCCUCCCAGCCCUCAAAAUGAAGUUCGCCGAGCAUCUAACGGCCCACAUAACGCCCGAGUGGCGAAAGCAGUACAUUAACUAUGAGGAAAUGAAGGCCAUGUUGUAUGCUGCCAUCGAACAAUCCCCAUCCGCUGAACUCGUAGAGCGGGAAAUGGUCACGCGAUACUUUGCCAAGUUCGACGAGGAAUUUUUCCACUACUGCGACAAAGAGCUGGCCAAGAUCAACACAUUCUACUCGGAGAAAAUGGCCGAGGCCACUCGCAAGUAUGGCAGCCUGCGCAGCGAACUGACCGAGGCCCUGGAAAUGGGUCAUCCGAAGAAACAGCCGGCAUGGAAGCGGCGGACUCCGCUGGGCAAGAAGAACGUUCCGGCCCGAAAGAUUCAGGAUCUCAAGUUGGCAUUUAGUGAAUUUUAUCUGGGACUUAUACUGCUACAGAACUAUCAGAAUCUCAACUUCACGGGUUUCCGGAAGAUACUUAAGAAACACGACAAGCUGCUGAGCGUGGAUUACGGUGCCCGGUGGCGCAUGGAUCACGUGGAGGCGGCCCAUUUCUAUACCAACAAGGACAUCGACCGGCUGAUUCAGGAAACCGAACAGGCCGUCACGCAGGACAUCGAAGGCGGGGAUCGUCAGAGGGCCAUGAAACGCCUGAGGGUGCCGCCAUUGGGGGAGCAACAGAGUCCUUGGACCACCUUUAAAGUGGGCCUCUUCUCCGGCGCCUUCGUCGUGCUCUUCAUUACGGUUGUGAUUGCGGCCAUGUUUUACGGAUUCGGUGAGAACUGGCGGGCUGGUAUGCGAAUGUUCCGGGCCCCCUUCCUGAUCAUCGAAUGCCUGUUCCUCUGGGGCGUCAAUGUCUACGGAUGGCGAUCGUCGGGCGUGAACCACGUCCUCAUCUUCGAGCUAGAUCCUCGCAACCAUCUCUCCGAGCAGAACAUCAUGGAAGUGGCCUCGGUGUUUGGCGUGAUUUGGGCCUGCUGUGUCCUGAGCUAUAUAUUCUGCGAUCCUCUCGGUAUUCCACAGUAUGCGGCUCCCUUGUGCCUGUAUACACUGAUGGCUGCAUUUCUAUUGAAUCCCACCAAGACCUUUCACCACGAAGCCCGGUAUUGGGCAUUGAGGGUCCUCAUCCGGGUGAUCAUGGCUCCGUUCUGCUUUGUCAACUUUGCCGAUUUCUGGCUGGCGGAUCAGCUGAACAGUAUGGUGCCUGCCUUUCUGGACAUACCGUUCUUGAUAUGCUUUUUUGGCAAGAGUCCAACGUGGCACAAGGCCGGAAAGGCUGCCAGCCAUUGUGUCGAAUACGUGUCCUUGCUGCAUCCAAUUGUGGCCAUCUUGCCCGCCUACUUCCGGUUCGCCCAGUGCAUUCGUCGAUACCGCGACACAAAGGAGUCAUUUCCGCAUCUGGUCAACGCAGCGAAGUAUGCAACAUCAUUCUUUGUGGUCAUAUUCGCCCACAAAUACCACACGACCACGGAUACCUAUCCGCUGUCGAAGGAGAAUCCCUGGUUCUAUUGCUGGAUAACGGCGGCCAUCUUUUCGUCCUGUUACGCCUACACAUGGGACAUUAAAAUGGACUGGGGUCUCUUCGACUCGAAGGCGGGCGACAAUCGAUUCUUGCGUGAGGAAAUCGUUUAUUCAUCGACGUGGUUCUACUACUUUGGCAUAAUUGAGGACUUGAUACUGCGCUUCAGCUGGACCUUGUCCAUGAGCCUAAUUGAAGCUGGCUACAUCGAAGGCGACGUAAUGAUGACCAUUCUCAGUCCCCUGGAGGUUUUCCGUCGAUUUAUCUGGAAUUAUUUCCGAUUGGAGAACGAGCACCUCAACAAUGUUGGUAAAUUCAGGGCGGUGCGUGAUAUAUCAGUGGCUCCAAUGGAUUGCUCAGAUCAGACCACAAUUCUACGGAUGAUGGAUGAAUCGGAUGGCGUGGUGAACCGACGACGCGGCAAGGCCGCUGGCGGCAAAUCCGCAAACAAGAAAAACAAACAGGAGCAGCAGCGGCUACUCCUCCAGGGAGAGUCCAUCGAGGACCUGUGCGCCUAGCACGGAAAUCCAAUUAAAAUAUUCUGUAAAUGGCACAAAUUCUUAAAAAAACUUAAAGUAAAAAAAUAAAGCACUGCAGUUGCAUUUUGAAA